CCAUUCCAAGCAUGAAGCAUCCAACCGAACCAACUCUCUCUCAGUUCUACCGUCCACCCGAGACCCGACUUGCCGAGUCUUCCCCCUUCUUUGCGACGACCGACGAGCGUCAACUCGUCGACCCAAACCAACAAAUAUUUCUCUUCCAAGUUAAGAUUUCGAAAACACAUUAAACAAAUGAUCUACCCAGAGCCAGAGAUCCCUGAUCUCUUCCUGCCCACGUUACUCCAGAAAUUAGGAUCCAAUUUGAGAUGAAGAACAAGAACAUUUAAGAUUUUUAAGAAUAAGAACAUCUCUUUCUUGUUUUUCUUUUUCCUAUUUUUGUAAAUUAUAUUGUGUAAUUUCUGGGUCCUGAUUUCUGAUUCGUGAAAGUCUAAAUUGUAAUGGCGAGGGCUAGAUCUUCAUCCAGUCGAUGGAGAUACCUUCACCCAUCGUAUUACUUGAAGCGGCCAAAGCGUCUCGCUCUCCUGUUCAUCGCCUUCGUGUCUGUCUCGUUGGUUGUUUGGGAUCGACAAACCCUAGUCAGAGAGCACGAGGUGGAGGUUUCUAAGUUAAAUGAACAACUGGUCCAACUUCAGAAUCAGCUGCGUAACUAUGUAGGAGAUGUGGAUGACAUCAUUAAGACUAGUGGAAAAACUAGUGAACCCAAGAAGCAAGCUAUUGAGGAUGAUCCUGUUGACAUUGAACGAAGACAGAAAGUUAAAGAUGCCAUGAUUCAUGCAUGGACGUCAUAUGAGAAGUAUGCAUGGGGCCAAGAUGAACUCCAGCCACAGACAAAGAAUGGUGUCAAUAGCUUUGGUGGCCUUGGAGCAACUCUAGUAGACUCUCUUGACACAUUAUUCAUAAUGGAUCUCAAGGAGCAGUUCCAGAAGGCUAGAGAGUGGGUUGCAAAUUCAUUGGAUUUCAACAAGGAUUAUGAAGCAAGUGUUUUCGAGACAACCAUAAGAGUUGUAGGUGGACUUAUGAGUGCAUAUGAUCUAUCUGGGGACAAAGUUUUCCUUGAAAAGGCAAGGGAUAUUUCAGAUAGGUUGCUUCCUGCAUGGAAUACACCUUCAGGGAUUCCUUAUAACAGGAUUAACUUGGCACAUGGAAAUGCACAUAAUCCAGGAUGGACAGGGGGUGACAGUAUCCUUGCGGAUUCUGGCACAGAGCAGCUGGAAUUUAUUACUUUAUCCCAAAGAACAGGAGACCCCAAGUACCAGGAGAAGGUGGAGAAUGCUAUCACAGAACUUCGUAAAACCUUUCCUGCUGAUGGCCUGCUCCCAAUCUAUAUCAAUCCUCACACAGGAACAGCCUCGCACUCAACAAUCACCUUUGGUGCAAUGGGUGAUAGCUUUUAUGAGUAUUUACUGAAAGCUUGGAUACAAGGGAACAAGACUGAGUCUGUAAGGCAUUACAGAGAAAUGUGGGAAACAUCAAUGAAAGGUCUUGUAAGCUUGAUUCGGAGAACAACACCCUCAUCGUUUGCAUACAUCUGUGAGAAAAAUGGAGAUCAUCUCUCAGACAAGAUGGAUGAAUUAGCAUGCUUUGCUCCAGGAAUGCUGGCUUUGGGUUCAUCUGGUUAUGGUCCUGAAGAGGCUAGGAAAUUUUUAUCACUUGCAGAAGAGCUUGCUUGGACUUGUUAUAACUUUUACCAAUCAACACCAACAAAAUUGGCAGGAGAGAACUACUUCUUUCAUGCUGGACAGGACAUGAGUGUGGGUACAUCAUGGAACAUAUUAAGGCCAGAGACAGUGGAAUCCCUCUUCUACCUUUGGCGUUUAACUGGGAACAAGACAUAUAAAGAUUGGGGUUGGGACAUAUUCCAAGCUUUUGAAAAGAACUCCCGCAUAGAGUCUGGAUAUGUUGGGCUGAAGGAUGUCAAUACAGGUGUUAAAGACAACAUGAUGCAAAGCUUCUUCCUUGCGGAGACGCUCAAGUAUCUCUACCUCUUGUUUUCACCCUCCUCUGUCAUUCCUUUGGAUGAAUGGGUGUUCAAUACAGAGGCCCACCCUCUAAAAAUCGUGACACGGCAUGAUCACAUUGAAAAUAUUAGAGGAUUGAAUGAACAGAAACCACCUGCUAGGUUCCGUUCCAGGAGGGAAGAUCAAAAAGUUCAACAGCAUUAGUUCCCUGGAACUGCACGCAGGGCCUCCUGUGGGUAGGGAUCAGACUGGUCCAGAUGGAUUGCAAGCUGAUAGUGGCCCCUUUCAGUUUCAGGUGUGAUGAAUGUGUAACGUAGAUAUAGAUUAUUAUUUGCUGCAGCUUUUUUUUUAAUGAAAUAUCGGGGAUUUCACCAUGGGGAGUUAUUUUUUGGGGAACUUGUGACAUGGCAACCUUAAUGAAUUUCUCAUUUCCAAAAUUUGAGCCUCUUGAAGCUUACUUCUAUACUGGGUCAUAGUAUUUUGGAAUGAAUCCUCACAGGUUAAACCAAGUAGGAGGUUGGGAAAAACCAAAUGGUGGAAUCUUCUGAAUUUUGAAUUAUAUUGACAUCCAAGAAAUAAAUCAAAUUAGUGAUGAACUACAUUUACCUGAGCUCAGGUUGGAUCACAGUUUGAUGAGUGAUGCAGACUUAUAGCAAUCAACUGAAGCAUCAAAUCCAGUAACCAACUGUUCUUUUUUUUUUUUUCAAUUUUUUUCCAUAAUAUUCUUUCUUGAGCUAUAAACUUUUAGAUAUGUAAGCGCUUGAAUUGGACCCAGGAGUUGAAAUGUGGUGAGGAAUGGGAAUAUGGAGGGCGUUGGGUAUGCUUCUCCUGUGUCAUUCAAAAUCCACUGUGCUACUACGUGUCAAGUAAGAGAUCCCAUCAUUUGUCAUUUGUAUAACACAACUGGUUGGACGACCAGAGAAGAGGCAAGCGAAUUCUCCGAAUCAAAAGGUGUCCGACAAAUUCAGCACACGCAUGAAAGAAGCACCACCACUUUAGGGUUAUUUGUAAAUUUACUUGUAAACAUAGCGACUCUCAGAAGCUAACUGAGAAAGUAUGCUUUGGCUGUUUGAUGUGUUUUCAUACCAAUACCACCUUGAUGAGUGUAUGGGAUUGAUAUGAUAUGAACACUCCAUCAACUUGCUGGCUUC